CGCUCACCGUGCUCCCCCUCGCCCCGCUCCCCAGGCCAACCAGAUCCGCUGGAACCGCGGGAAUGAGUCCCUGCCCGAGCGGGCCGAGGCGGUGGGGGAGACGCUCACGCUGCCGGGCCUGGUGUCUGCGGACAACGGCACCUACACCUGCGAGGCGUCCAACAAGCACGGCCACGCGAGGGCGCUCUACGUGCUCGUGGUCUACGACCCUGGCGCGGUGGUGGAGGCCCAGACGUCGGUUCCCUACGCCAUCGUGGGCGGCAUCCUGGCGCUACUUGUGUUUCUGAUCAUAUGUGUGCUAGUGGGCAUGGUCUGGUGCUCUGUCCGACAGAAAGGCUCCUACCUGACCCACGAGGCCAGCGGCUUGGACGAGCAGGGAGAAGCGAGAGAAGCCUUCCUCAAUGGCAGCGACGGGCACAAGAGGAAAGAGGAGUUCUUCAUCUGACCCCC